UUUCUUUUUUAUCCUGUCGGGAAGCCUGCGUUGAAGUGGAAGACUGUUUUACGCCAUUGUUGAAAAGGGAAGCGGUCGUCGUGCAACGACGCUCGUUGAGCUUCGCGAUUUCACCUAUUUAAGCUGUGAUAUUAGACUUCUUUUUAAUCCAAAGUGGGCCUGACAAGAUAACGAGAAUUCAGCAGAAUGGAGGACGAUCAACAGUUCUGCCUAAGGUGGAACAACCACCAAACGACACUAAUACAAAACUUUGACACGUUACUAGAAUCCGGUACAUUAGUGGAUUGCACAUUAGCAGCGGAGGGGAAGUACCUAAAGGCCCACAAAGUGGUCCUCUCCGCAUGCAGUCCAUACUUUGAGGGCCUCCUCAGCGAACAUUACGAUAAGCACCCAGUGUUUAUACUCAAAGAUGUUAAGUUUAAGGAAUUAAAAGCCAUGAUGGACUACAUGUACAGGGGAGAAGUGAAUAUCUCCCAAGACCAAUUGGCAGCCCUCCUAAAGGCCGCAGAGUCUUUACAAAUCAAAGGCCUCUCGGAAAGUAGAACUGGUGGCAAUGGUUGCACGAAACCGGACACCAGGCAAAGUAAAGUCAGCUCACAAUCGACAGCUCCGUCGUUAGACAUUCCACAUGCGUCUUCCGGUCUCACAAUAGAAAAGAACAGCAAAGUUCCUAGGCAGAGUUUGGCACAGAGCUCUGUUGGUGAUUUACCCGAAGACUCCGCCAGCCCCUCCAUCCCCAAAGGUAUCUCCUCCAGGGAAGGUUCACAAAGUCCUGUCUCCCGAAAGAGAAAAAGACUUAGAAGAAGAAGCGUCGGCGAAGACAAUUCUAUAGAAAAUCAUGAAUCUAACUCUAGUGAUAUGACCCAACAACCUGUUCCAGCGUUGGGAGUGGCUCCUGUUGCUGAUGAGAAAUCUCAUGCCGAUGCUGCCGAUUCCCUCGGCAGGUCGGCGCUCAUGCAACAGUUGACGAAACCCGCCGACGAGAUGCUUCAGCUACCUGUCGAAAAACCUGAACCUACCGAAGACAUGAUACAACCAAAGUCCGAGUAUUUGGACGACCCGGAGGAGAGUGUGGAAGACUUAACGUUAGAUGAUGACAUGAAUGACCUUAACGAAAUGGAAGAUAGUAAUAGGGCUGGUCCAAGUUCUCACGACCCUAACCAACAUCCUGGCUUAGCGGCGUGGCACGUAACGGGUGAUAGGAGUAAUGCGGGUGGAGUCGUAGGCUCGGUGGCUGGUGGACCUGGAGCGCAAGAUGAAGUCUUUCUUGCAGCCCACGAAGCCGUCCAAGCGCAAAGGGACUCCCAAGGCUAUGGCCAGUACAUGUUUGUGGGUGAAGGAGCGCAGGCGGAAGUUGUUUGGGAGAGUAUCAAUAUAUCGGAUGAGAAUAUGGAAGGAAUUGUUAAUAAUUGUAAUGAGGUUAAACAAACAGAGAGAUCGGAGAGAAAAACCAGAAAAUUUGAACCUCCCGCCAAGCAAGGUCAGGUCAAAUACUUAACACGAUCACGUUUUCGGAUGUCAGAAAGAUCGACCAAGAACAAAACAAUUUUCGACUGUCCGAACAAUUGUGGAAAUUCCUUCUUUCAAAAACUCACAUUAGAUAGACACUUGAAAUUCACUUGUGGUCAACCUUUACGAUACCGAUGUCCCUACUGCAACAUGUCAUCGAGAAUUCGAAAUUGCAUUAACAUUCAUUUGAAAGCACGUCAUCCAGGUUUGAGAAACUAUGUGAUUGAUACAACCAGUAAACCGGAAACAGAAUUCGAAGAGGAUUAUAAUUCCCCUCAUAUUGUGCAGAAAGUCGAGCCCAUUUGGAAUGAAGAGCAGGAAAUCAAAAUUUUAAAUGUUUCUAGUCUGGCAGCAUUGGAUAUUAAGCAUGAGUAUGAUAACUUGGAAGAUGAGGAUGAUAAUUUCUUCAAUAAACAUUUGGUGAGAGCGCAUAAGCGCUAUGUUUGUCCGAACAAUUGUGGUAAUUCGUACAAACACGAGCAUACUUUGAAAGUUCAUUUGAAAUUCGGGUGCAAUAGAAACGAUCAACAUAAUUUUCAUUUAGAUGAUGAUGAAUCAGAUUCGGAAUACGAUGUCUCUACGAAUGAUGUUUUAAAGGUGAAGAGUACCAACGAGUUGCUGAAUCCAAUGGCGAUUACCGAAUUGAAAAAUUAUGAACAAAAUUCCGAAGGUAGGUGGAUUUGUCCAAACCAGUGUGGAGGAACUUUCAGUAGUCGAGGUAACCUGAACUAUCAUCUGAAAACCAACUGUGGUAUAAAAGCAAAAUUAGAGUGCCCCUACUGUCUACAUCGAUCAAAACAACCAUCUAAUGGUUUCGUUCACGUCAGAAAUUCUCAUCCCGGUGCUGAAAUUUGCCUGGUCCAUGUCGACACUGGCGAAGUCUUCAAGAGCAAGAAGGAAGCUGAUCAAAAUCCAAACCUUGAUCUCAUUAACGGUUCGCCUCAACUUUACGUAGAUAGGAAAAAACCCUCGGGCAAAGCUGCAAAUAACUGCCAAAACUGUGGAAAGGAUUUCAAAUCAGAACGCACUCUGGCUAGACACAUUCUCGAAGGUUGCGGCUACCCACCUCGCUUCAAAUGUCCUUACUGCGAUUAUCAAGUCAGAAGACUGUCCUACGCCUUCUUCCACGUGUCCAAGCAUCAUCCAGGCUGCGAGGUCUACAUGGUCGAUUUAGUCACCGGUGACAGUAUUACCGACCCCGCUCAAAUCAAGAAAGAAGCCAUCGCCGACAUUGCCGACGAACCGAAACCCUUGCCCAUCGAUCCAGUUUUAGUUCUACGCCCCCAGAGAAUCGUCAAAUCCCAUCCCGCCGGUCUCCAAAAGAAAAGACUCCUAUGUCCAAUGGGCUGCGGUCGAUUCUUCUUCUUCAGAGCAAGUCUCGAAAAACACAAGAAAUACUACUGUUCCCAAAACAGAACAUCCAAAAUUGCAAUAUCGUCAAGUCGCUACAAAUGUCCCUACUGCGAGAAUCGCUACGAACACAUCUCCAGUCUCUUCAGACACAUCAAAUCCACUCAUCCCACGAAGAAGAAACACUUCAUCGACACCCACGAGGAGGAAAUCGUUCCCGAGAGCGCCAAUUCCCCCAUACCUCCCAAGAAGGAGCCACCACCAAAAGCAAAGAAACUGCCGAAACAGUCCGAAGACUUAGAUGAGAAGACUGAUGAUAACCUAGAAACUAAGGAACCUCCCAAAGUAUUCGUAUGUCCCAAUAAAUGCGGCAGUAGUUUUGCAAACCUAUGCAACGUUCAGCGACACAUUCGUUUGAAUUGCUCCAAAGCUCGUCGCUACAAAUGUCCUCAGUGCAAUUAUCGAUCUCAAAAAUUCCUCCAAAUAGCGAAACACGUAAAGGCUAAUCAUAAAACGAGUAAAAUUUACGCCGUCGAUUUCUUCACGAAAAAACAAAUAUUCGGGGAACAGAGACACAGACCAACUAGGCGCAUCGUGCCACCCAAGACUGAAGAGACUCCAACCAUCGAAGUAAAACCCGUUGUAAAACGAAGAGACCCACAACCAAAAGCCGACAACAAGACCGGUAAAAAACGUUUCCCCUGCACCAACAACUGUGGUCGCUCCUUCAGCACAAAACGUGCCGUCACUAUGCACUUCCGUCACAUCUGCGGAAAAGCCCCACGUUUCAAGUGUCCCUACUGUACCCAAAUUUGUCGCCACCAAGGCAACAUGACAAUACACAUUAAACAUCGUCAUCCCGGCAAGAAGAACUACAUGAUCGACAUCAGUAAGAAAAAGAAAUCGCCAACCGAAAACAAGAAAGAAGAAAAACAGGAGAGAGGAGAAAUUAAAGAAGAAAAGGAAAUUAAACAAGAAAAAGUAAUCAAAGGAACAGUAGUUAAAGAAACAGUAAUUAAAGAAGAGAAGGAAAGAAAAGAGAACGUCGAUGACAAGACGAAAACCACGUCCAUAUUCGGGAAUUCAACGAAGCGAAAGAUUCCCAGACUAUUUAAUUAUAAAAGACGAAGACUGAUGUGUCCUAACAAUUGUGGUCGUUUUUUCACUUCCCGCGUGAAAUUGAAAUUGCACACGAGCACCGUUUGCAAGAACCCAGUGAACACUAAAUGUCCCUACUGCCCAAAAGUGGGCAAAUACGCAUGGAACAUUGAUAGGCACAUAAAGCAGCAUCAUUCCGAUGUAGAUAGGAAACAAAUUCUCCAAGAACAACAGGAUUCAAAGAACGAAAAAAUAGAGGACGAACAGGAAGAAGAGGUGGAGCUGAAACUAACCGACAAUAUCGAGGAGGAUUCACCCCAGGAUUUGGAGAAUCUUCCAAAACCAGAGGAGGCAGACGAUAUUGAAAUGAAAAUGGUCAACGAACCCGAAAAUGCAGAAGAAAAAGUCGAUAUACCGGACACACCAUCAAGUACUAAUUCGUCAAGUACAGCUUUGGAUAGUCCAUCCAAGAAAUUUGUGUGUCCGAACAAUUGCGGAAAAUCGUACCCCAAGGAAUCGAGUCUUAAGAAUCAUUUGUUCUUCACUUGUCAAAAACCCGCACGCUACGCUUGUCCGUACUGUCGAAGCUGUUCCAAAGUCACCUCCAAUGGUUACGUGCACGUGAAGAGAAUGCAUCCCGAUCGGAAGGUUUACCUCAUCGACAUCACUACUAACAAAGUUAUCCGUUCAAGAAGAAUGGCACCGGAUCGAAGUCGCAGCUACGAUAUGGAUAGAGAAGACGAUAGGGAAUACGAAAAGGAAGAUGGUAGAGAAUCCGAAAAGGAAGACGAUAGAGAAUACGAAAAGGAAGACGAUAGAGAAUACGAAAAGGAAGAUGAUAGAGAAUACGAAAAGGAAGAUGAUAAGGAAGAUGAAAGAGAAGACGAUAGGGAAGACGAUAAGGAAGAUAAAGAUGACGUCGAUAUGGAAGAAGAAAUGGCCCUGUCGACAAACGUCGAUAUCGACGUUGAUGAACCCGACGAGCCUGAUGAACCGAUUUUGGGUGCCGAUGAGGAAUUCACAAACGAUCCGAUCAGUUCCGAACGAGAAUCAUUAGAGAUGAAGCAGAAGGAGGAGGUUUUUGUCUGUCCGAAUAAUUGUGGCAGUUCUUUUACUCAUGAGAAUAAAUUGAAUAAUCAUGUUCGUGAUCAGUGUGGACCACCACGCUUUAAAUGUCCUUAUUGUUUUUACAUUACAAGAGAGCCGUCUAAUGUUUACGCUCACAUUAAAAAUAAACAUCCCGAUGAGAGGAUCUACAUGAUUGACACUGACAUGAAUCAAAGCUGUAAUGAGCCAGACUCACCUACAGGCAAUGAAGACAAUUAGAUUUUUAGAUAUUUCGCAAGGUUGGCAUAGAACUUUAUUAAUGGAGCACAAGUGUUCAACAUGUAAUAGCACUUUCCAAAGGAGGAGUAGUCUUUUGAGGCAUAAGCGUUACACGUGUGAUGAUAUGAAACGUUUCGCUUGUCC